GACCAUGCUGAUGUGGACGGCACUGUUGUUGGCGGUGCUGGCCACCGACCCGGGCGGGGCCGAGUGUCCGCACGAGGCGAGCGACCUGCAGCCGUGGAGCGUCGCCUCCUCCUGGGACGCCGGCGCCGUGCCGGCGUCCGGUGACGUCACCAUCGACCGUCCGCUGCUGCUGGACGUCAGCACGGCCGCGCUCGGCACCGUGACUAUCGUGGACGGCGGCCGGCUGGUCUUCGACCCCAGUGCCGACGAACUGCUGCUCAGCGCCAGCCUCAUCGAGCUGGAUGGUGGCGAGCUCUGGAUCGGCUCCGAGGAGUGCCCGUUCGAAAGCCGCGCCGAGGUACUGCUCACUGGUCAGCGCGACGAGGCAGAGGGCGCCGCCGCCGUGCAAAAGGCCGUGCUCGUGCGACGAGGAGCCCUAGAGGUGCACGGUAAGCCCAAGCGCUCGUGGACCAAGCUGGCAGCAACAGUGCCCAAAUCGACGCGCGAAGACCUGUUGGGUAACCCCAUCUACAGCGUACAGGACGAGGAGGGCUUCCGUGGCAAUGGCUUCCAUAUGUACGAACUUGACAGCGACGGUAACCCCGUACAGAACUGGGGGCGCGUGACGGGACCGAGAAAAUUCAGUCGUGUGCUCGACCACACGGGCAACGUGGUGGUGGUGGCCGUCUCACUGAUGACCAGGUUUGGCAGGCACGACCCGGUCGCUACGGCGGAGGUGUUUGAGUCGCUCUGCUACGGUGGCGAGCGACAGUCAGCCAUUCGUGGCAUGGUGGACCGCCAGCGGCUGGCGUUCGUCGCUAUCUGCCACGUUGGCUCACCCGAGAACAGCGCAGAGAUGGUCGGCACGGUCAACAACGGUCGCUCGCACACAGGACGCGUGGUGCAAACCAUCGGCGAUGUCGAAUUCGCCGCCAUGUCGACCGUAGUACUCAGUGGUCCUGGCAGUCCUCCGCCCGAAAUAGCGUCCUAUGUGGCCGGAACUACACCCUCCAUGGACGUGAUCCUGACUAUGACCGCUGACGUCAGCUCCUGGGAAACCGGCGAUAGGAUUGUCAUCGCCUCCACCGACUUCAACCGAGACCAGGAGGAGGAGUUCGAUCUGCUGGACUGCCCUAGCUGCGACGCCACGCAGGUGAAAGUCAUGGGUCCCAUCUGGUACACGCACUGGGGUGAAAUCACCGACGGCGUUGACAUGCGUGGCGAGGUCGGCGACCUCACGCGCAACGUCCAAUUCCACGGCCAAAUGGAGGAUGCCUGCUACGGAAGCAACUUGUGCGACAGCUUCGACUACGAUACGUUUGGCGGUCAGAUUAAGAUGCUCGUUGGCUUCAAUAGCGCUAGGAUUGAAAACGCCGAGUUCUACCACAUGGGGCAGCAAUCAGUGAUCGGAUCAUAUCCCAUCCACUUCCACAUGUGCCUGGACACGUCCCAGAAAGACGUGUAUAUCCGCGGCAAUGCCAUCCACAACACGUUCUCGCGCUGCCUCACCAUCCACGGCACGCACAACGUCACCGCCGAGAACAACGUGGCGUUCGACCACCUGGGUCACUGCUUCUUCCUUGAGGACGGUGGCGAGCAGGACAACAGACUGAUAGGCAACCUCGGCAUGGGCACCAAAGCGGGCACUCUGCUGCCAACCGACGCCCUCAACAAGGUCAGCACGUUCUGGGUGACUAAUCCCGACAACGAAGUCAUCAACAACGUCGCGGCCGGCUCCGAAGGCAUGGGCAUCUGGAUCUUGAUGCCGGAUCUGCCCACAGGUCCUUCUGCCAACGUAGAUAUGGGUCUUGUGGAAAAGCAGGCAUCGCGAACACUUGUCAAGGCCUUCCAAGGUAACGUGGCACACUCUAACAGGCGCUUUGGUUUCCGUCUGGACGAUGUGCUCCUCCCUGACGGAACGGUUCAGCCGGUCAGCUACUUCCCGCGCGUGGAUCCGACCGACCCGAGGAGCGACAUGGCGUUCCUCCACCUUGACGAUUUUGGUAUCGGUCUCAUCUUUGCGUCGGCCGGGCCGGCCAACCCCAACGAGCAUAACGAGAUGCUGUCUGGGGCCCGUAUCGUCGGCGACACAGCCAACAAGGGCGAGCCGGCGGGCGCCGUCCGACUACCCUCCGGACAGGUCAUCCAGGUGGACCGCUCGUUACCUCGUUCCAGACCCGCGCAGCACGCGCAAAUUGGCGUCGCCUUCUACCGCGGACCCGUGCAUGUCGUGGACACGUCGUUUGCCGGCUUUCAGACUAACGCGCUGCGGCCGGCCGGCGCCAUCGGCAAGAAGCUCAGCAACCCGUACUUCUCUUCGCCUAUUGCCAGCGUGCGCAACGCCACGUUUGACUUCACCGACCCGGCCGGCGGCAGCCGCUUCUACGACGGUGACGGCACCGUGCCGGGCUAUAAGGAGCGUGACGGUAACCGGCACAACGUCGUGCUCGACUGGGACGGCUCGCUUACCACCUACCCUCGCGCCAGCCUGGUGCGGCCCAUCCCACUGUUGAUGAACGCACGCUGUGUGCUCCUGCCCAACUGGGGGCCGGGCGUCGGGCUCUGUCCGGACCGCUUCAACCGCGUGCAGCUCAGCAUCGCCGGUAACAUCCCCACAUUCAUGACGCGCAACGACCUGCAGACCGCCGAGAUGGAGACGGCGCUGGCCGAGCGGCAGGUCAGCUACUCACUCAACUCGGCCGAGUCGUACAUCAUGCACUUUAACACAACCGUGCCGGCCCGUUUCGGGUUCAACAUGUUCGGUGUGCAGCAAGGUCUGGCACAGCUCGUCGGCGUCUGCGUGGGUGCCAACCAGGAGCCGGACGUAAAACCACGAAUGCAAUACACCUUCGUCAACGACAUCCAAGAGGUAUUAACCGACGAGAGCAACAGCAAGUACUUUUACGACCCGGCCAUCGGAGUGGUGGUCUUCAGGUUUACCAGCCAGACUCCGCGCACCGACACGACCACAUCCCACUGUCCGGGCGACCUGGACGAGGACGGCAACGGCAUUUGCACUACGCGCGUCGUCAUCGAGCUGCCGGCGGAGCACGAGGACGGCGACUGUCGCUCCCGGGCCUACGCUGACAAGGCCUCGGCGGUCUACGCCACCGAGCCCGUGUCGGCCGAGGGCGCGCUCGCUGUGCCCGUCUUCGCUUAG